AUGGCUGUCGGUCCGACCAUCGGCACUGGUUUGUUCGUCGGCGCUGGCCAGGCCCUCGCGGUUGGCGGACCUGCCUCGCUACUCAUGUCGUACAUAAUCCUAUCUCUUUUGACCUUUGCCAUGACCACGAGCGUGGCCGAAGUAUCCAGUCACAUGCCAUCGCAACAUGGCACACUCGUUACCAAUGGCUACCUGUACAUGUCAAGCAGUCUGGCAUUUGCUUCAGCAUACCUCCGCUGGUAUACCCUCGCUUUGUUUGUUCCAUACGAAAUUACAUCGGCGAUGGUCAAUCUUGGCCUAUGGAAACCGGGUUCCACUAUCGCAAUCAGAUUGACUAUCAUCACGACCAUCGUUGUUGGCUUCAACUUUCUGCCAGAAAGACUCUUCAAAAGUUCCGAGCGAGUAUUCACUAUGAUGAAGAUCGGCACAAUGGCGACCCUGUUCGUGCUCUCUGUGGCCCUGGGUCUUGGGGGUGUGGAUGCACAGCCCCCAUGGGGAUUCAAAUACUGGAAAACUCCGGGUGCCAUGAACGAGUAUCUAGUUCGAGGCAUAUGGGGACGACUCCUGGGUUUCUUGCAAUGCCUCCUUGAUGGCUCUAUCGCUUUCACGUUUGCCCCUGAGCUGAUUGUGCACCGAGCGGAAAUGCCAGCAUCACUCGUGCCAGCAUCACUUGGCGAAACAACGAUGCUAAGCGCCGGUAUCGCCGGUAGAGUCACGUCCGACGUUGCUCAAACGGCAUUGCCGUAUAUCAUGAGCUCCCUGGCCAUGGGCGUUAUGGCUCCUUUCAAUGAGACGCGCCUAACGAACAACGGAACAGGUUCUGGGCUUUCCCCUUACCUGAUCGGACUCAGUGAUGCAAAAAUUCAAAUUGUACCUACGAUCGCGAUGAUUGCAAUCCUGCUCUCCGCGGUGGCUUCUGGGCGAUCCUUUUUGUAUCUCUCUUCUCGCACACUUUGUGCAAUGUCAGAGCUCGGUCAUGCGCCCUCGAUAUUUGCCACUCGCAACCGUUGGAAUGUUCCGUAUUUGGCCGUUGUAGCAUCCGCCCUGUUCUGCUGUCUUGCAUUUGCUUCCGUGAAAGUGCCGAGUACCAUCAUGAACACCUAUCUCCUUCGCCUCGUUACGAGCGCCGGUUUCAUUUCCUCGCUUGUGUCAUGCAACAUCCAUCAUCACUUCAAUCGCCGGCUCCGAUUGAACAACAUCACCAAACGGUAUAAUUUCUCUUCACAGCCAGUCGGUACAUACUUCGGGAUGAUCAUCAGUACCCUACUGCUGCUGGGCGGCGGAUUGUGGGCAGGACCGAAGGGAAAUAUUAUUGGGUCCCGAGCAGCCAGACUGAUCACCUCAUAUGUCAAUAUCGGGGUAUUCGGCCUGCUGUUCUUGGUCCAUCGAUUGCAAGACUUUUUGCCCGCUGUCGAAGUUGGAAGACAAGAGGAUCUGGGUGGACACAACCAUGGCGACCAUGAAGGACCAAGAGAUUCUCGGACACAGAAGACAUAUCCGCAUCGGGGGAAACUCGAUGUAAUCCCAGAGGGUUCCGGGACAUUUGAGUUGCGACUCAGCCAGACCACGUUCUCGGAGCCUUGA